AUGUUUUGCAAACUAUCCUCUGAAAAAUUAAAUGAUUUCAUACCCUUUUUUGAAUCCAAACCAAAGUUUGCUUUGUUUGCCAAUGCUGCCAAAUUUGAACUAGAAAAAAGAUUACCCAAUCAUCCAUGCGACUUUUACUACCAGGAAUCCAAUGAUGCAAAGUAUUUUUAUGUCUUCCGGCAUGAUCGUAUUCCAGAUAGUUGUCGACCAAUUCUAAUGAUCGGAAGCGAUAAGACGGUCAAUCAAAAUGACGUAAUCUAUGGAUUAGAACAGAUAAAAGCCAUGGAACCUGAUCUUGGAAACAUUGAACUUCUAGUCGCUCCAUCUGAACUUUCCAUCGCGGCGAGAAAAUUCUUCCUCGACAAUUCAAAUUGUUCUGAGGAUUACAAUGUUGCCUGCAAUCAUUUCUAUCUUCCUGAAUAUGUUUAUCCAGGAAUUCAAAAGAAAGUAGAUGAGAUCACACUUCCUGAAUCUUAUUCCAUUGGUUCUACUAGAGUAUCUGAUACGGAAAUCGUCUUCUCUACAUGGAAGUUUUCAACUCCAGAUGGAAUUUUGCAAAUCAAAGAAAUCAUUGAAUGCCUUCCAACGGCAUGCAUUCUCCACAAAGAUAAAGCUGUCGCAUUUGAAAUGGUUGGACUGCAUGGACAAUUGAAUCAUCAGUUUACUUUCCCGGAAUAUAGAAAUCGAGGAUUCGGAACAAUGAUUGAAAACACAAUUGUUUCAAAAUGCUUCAAAGAAGGUAUUCAAGUCUUGAAGGCAGUGGAACACAGCAAUAUUGUUGUCUUGGAAAAAAGUCUGAAUCAUAAACUUUGGAAAGUUGUGAAGGAGGAUGAUGGAGAAAUAAUUGUAUUUAACUACACUCAAUAUCGCUGA